UAGUUCAAUCGGGGAUUCGAUUCUCUUUGUAAUUCCCUCUAUCUCCCCCUUCUCCUACUUCGUACAAUAAUAAUAAUAAAAUCAUUAUUUUAAUAUAAUUCUCCCAAAAUAAAAUGCAGGCUUGCAAUCGGGGGGAAAACAAGUAAAAGAUUUUGAUCUUUAUUCUUAUGGAUGAUUAAAAUUCAAACAGGAGAGAUUAGUAUUAGGAGUUUUGGUCCGGAGAUGAGCGAAAUCGCGGGAGAAUUCUGACAUCAUCCUCGACGUCUUAGUUCAGUUCACUGGAGUUGACGAGCAUGGCCACUCCAUCCGAUAAUCCUCCCAACGUUAAUACCCAAAAUCCGGGUAUCUACCACUCACAACCAGCUGCUAAAGAUAAUCAUGAUCCCAAUCCUGAGGCUACAAGAGAGAACUCUCCAACUUCUGUAUUUGUAAACUCAGAACCAGUUCGGGAGGAGCAAGGAAAUGCUGUAAAGUUUCUUUCACAUCCAAGAGUUAGGGGAUCUCCGGUCAUGUAUAUGCGGUCUUUUCUUGAGAGGAAGGGGCUCACAAAGGAGGAGAUAGAUGAAACCUUUCGUCGAGUUCCGGAUCCCACUCGAACUGUUUCUACCACACAGCCAGUAGCUGCAAACGAAGAUGAGAAAGUGAAAUCUUUAUCAACUACUCAAGCACUGUUUGCAUCGCAAAAUCUGCAGUCUGCAUCAGCUCUACAGAGUAAUACCAUGAGAAAAAAGGGAUAUUUUUCUCAUUUCCAUUGGACUCAUGCGGUAAUGGCUGUAGGCAUAAUGGCUGCUUCAGGAGUUGGUACAGCUUUACUUCUCAAGUAUACUAUUAUACCCCUGCUUAAGUCCUGGAUUUGCAAGGUUGUAAUGGAAGAAGAAGAUGAAAAAGGCGCUGUAAAGGGAAGACCAAGUUUAGCGGAAGAAGCUGGUGUUGCUGCAAAAGCAGCAGCAGCUGCAGCUGCUGAUGUGGCCCGUGCAAGCCAGGAGAUGCUGGCAUCAAAAACUGGAGAGAAAAGGUACUUUGAGGAGCUAACAAACCUGUUAAACUACCAAGUACGAGAGAUGAAAUCAAUGAGUAGUGCCUUGCAAAAGCUCGAAGGGAAAAGUAGUACUUCUGGAAGAAUACCUGCCAUGGAACAAGAUGAUAGAAGAGUCUUGAUUUCCCAUUCUACAAUAAGCUAUGAUAUAAACGACCAACCACCAAAUCCUUACCAGCCUGUACCAAAUCCUCGUGUUGGUCCAAAGCCUAAACCUUGGGAAAUUGGCCAAAGUCAAAACAGUUCAAGGAAUUUCCUUCAAUCCCAAGGGAGUGGUGGUGAUGGCUUGAAUUAUGAGUAUCAAGACAAUCUGACUAAUGGAGACAGUUCAACGCCUUGGUGGCAACGCAAGAAUGUCAGAGUAACAGUAAUCGAAGCUGAGAACGAAGAGAAGUUUGGAUAUACUGCUGCACCAACUGAAGUACGGUCAGUUCAGCGAUCGUGGGUUCCUCCCCAACCACCUGCAGUUGCAAUGGCAGAAGCAGUUGCUGCCAUCCGACAACCUAAGAAGCCUUCGUUUCAGAAAGAAAAGCUGACCGAUGAUGAGCUGAUGGCUCAUUCCUCAGAAAUAUCAGAUGACUUGCAGAGGAUUACAAAAAUCUCCGAAUCAGGUGGUCUCACGAAAACUAAUGGUUCAAGUUUUGGGCAACAGUUGAGUGAGGCACUUAUUACAAAUGGUGACAAUGUCUUGAUCAGCUGAAGUAUCUCUUGUUGUACCUGUCCUAAGUUUGAUUUUUGGGUCUUGAGGUGGUUUAUCACAAUCUUGUUAGUACAUUUUAUCGAUGAACUCGAGUUUCUAAUGUUUCCUUUGUGCUUCUAGGUUGAAAUUUAGAAUUACACUAGUUAAAACUUGCUCUUAUGUGAAAAGAUAAUUGUUUAUACCAAAA